GCGAGGGAGAAAUAGAGAGAGGGUGUGCGUGUGAGAGAGAGGGAGAGAGGGAGGGAGAGCUAGAGCCUGUGAAGGAGAGAGGCGACCAGCUUGGUUUCCUUACAGCGACAGGGCUUCCAGCUCCACCGCGACCAGAAAAAAGGGUGCCGAUCAGCCGAAGCGGCUCACAAUGCAGCCGGGACUCCUCGUCUUUUCCUUGGGAUUGCUCAUCUGCAGCUCUCAAGCUGUCCUUCAGGUGUCCAUCUCUCUGAAUAAGGUGGAGCUCAGCGUUGGAGAAUCCAAAUUCUUCACCUGCACCGCCAUUGGGGAGCCUGUCAACCUGGAGUGGUACAACCCACAGGGGGAACGCAUCCUGUCGUCGUCACGUGUGUCCCUGCACACGGAGGGGGUGCGGUCACGGCUCACCAUCUACAACGCCAACGUGGAAGAUGCCGGGAUCUACCGCUGCCAGGCCACCGACGCCAGCGGGCAGACGCGGGAGGCGACAGUGGUGCUGGAGAUUUACCAGAGGCUGACCUUCCGGGAGAUUCUGUCACCCCAGGAGUUCCGGCAGGGGGAGGUGGCGGAGGUGGUGUGCGAUGUCACCAGCUCGCCUGUGCCCAUGGUGUCGUGGUACUACAACAACAUGGAGAUCACUGCUGCCAAAAAAGAUCGAUUUCAGGUUCUGGCCAACAACAACCUGCAGAUCCACAAAGUGAGCAAGACGGAUGAGGGGGUGUAUCGCUGUGAGGCGCGUGUGGAGGCCAGGGGAGAGAUCGACUUCAGGGACAUCAACCUCGUCGUGAACGUACCACCAGUGCUGUCCGUGCCACAGCAGUCCUUCAACGCCACGGCGGAUUACCACGAAUCGGUAACUUUCACCUGCCGGGCAUACGGAUCGCCCGACCCAGACAUCACCUGGCACAGGAGGGGGAAGCAGCUUGAGGAGUCUGACCAGUACACCCUGAAAGGGAGGGGGAGCACGCUGACCGUACGCAGCAUCCAGAAGGACGAUGGGGGGGCCUACACCUGUAAGGCCUCCAACAAGGCUGGCAUGGCUGAGCAGGAGCUAUUCCUGCACGUCUUUGUCCAGCCCCACAUCACCGAGCUCCAGAACAUCUCAGCCGUUGAGGGCAGUGCUGCCAUGAUCUCCUGCACAGCGGAGGGUGAGCCGACGCCCGGCAUCUCCUGGAGGAGGGCCAGCGAUGGCGAGAGCUUCGUGGACGGUUUCAAGAGCAAAGAUGGACGUGUUGAGGUGCACGGGCAUCGGGGCAAGUCCACGCUGACUAUCACCGGGGUCCACCUCUCCGACUGGGGCCGCUUCGACUGCGAGGCCCUCAGCAGGAUCGGGGGCCACCAGAAGAGCAUGUACCUGGAUAUUGAGUAUGCACCAAAGUUCCAGUCCAAUCACACGAUAUAUUACUCAUGGGAGGGAAACCCAGUGAACAUCAGCUGCGACGUGAUGGCCAAUCCCCCCGCCACCAUGCUCUGGAGGCGCGACAAGCUGACCAUUUCCACAGAGGGAUCCGGAAACGCGCGAGUCUACAAUGAGGAGGGGAGGUCGGUUCUGGAGGUCACGCCGAUGUCAGACAGGGAUUUCGGGAAGUACAACUGCACUGCCAGAAACAACAUCGGAAUGAGGUUCCAGGAGUUCAUCUUGGCCCAGGCAGACGUGCCCUCGAACCCGCACUCGGUGCGGCUCAGCUCGGUGGCCCAGCGCAUCGCCACGGUAACCUUCGUGAAGCCAGACUCACACGGCGGCGUGCCGAUCAGCCACUACCUGGUGCAGUACAGGGACGUCGGCCUGCAGGACUGGAAGGACGUGAAGUCGCACGGCGUGCAGACAAUGGUGCAGCUGACCGACCUGGAGCCCAACAGCACCUAUGAGGUCCGGGUGGCUGCCGUGAAUGGAAAAGGGCAGGGGGAGUUCAGCCACGUGGAGAGCUUCCAAACACUGCCCAUCCGAGAACCCAGUCCUCCUGUGGUCCAUGGACAGAGGGGUGUGGGGAAGGUCUACAGACUCGUCUUGGUCAAGCAGGAUGAUGGAGGAAUGCCAAUCGUGGAGUACAUUGUCAAAUACAGGACGCAAGAGAAAGAGGAGCCGUGGAUGACGAAGCUGGUUCCCGGCGUGAAUGAUUUCGUGGUUCUGCAACACCUGCAGUGGAACACGCGCUACGAGGUUGAGAUCACCGCGAGGAACGUCAAGGGUCUUUCGAAGCCCAACUACUACCAGUUCUCCAUGCCACAGAAGCCUGACAUCACGGCAGACUCCCUGUUCAGUGGCCUGGGUCUGGGCGCCGUGGUGGGGCUAGGCCUGGCCGGCCUGCUGCUGGUCCUGGUCGUGGUGGACGUCAGCUGCUUCUUCCUCAGGCAGUGUGGCCUGCUCAUGUGCAUCACCAGGAAGCUGUGCAGCAAGAAAACCACCACCAGCGGAAAGAGCAAGGACAUCGAGGAGGGGAAGGCGGCCUACCUGGGCGAUGGGUCGAAGGAGCCCAUUGUUGAGAUGCGAACUGAAGAGGAGCGAAUAACAAAUCCGGACGACGGCAGCCCGGUGAACGAGCCCAAUGAGACCACACCUCUGACAGAGCCAGAGAAGCUGCCGCUGAAAGAAGAAAAUGGCAAAGACGUCCUCAAGACGGACGCCAUCGAGAUCAAAGUUCACGGCGACGGCAGCAUCCAGACAAAGGAAGACGACAGCAAAGCGUAAUAUGGGAGCCCCUCGGCCGCACAAAAACAAUCAUAGCAAGCUACCCUGUGACCAAAACCAUGAGAAAAAGAGAGAAAACAAAAUUGAGAAAAAAAACAAGUAAAGAAAAAAUAUAUCGUCCUUUAAGAAAUACUGUACGUCAGAGCUCCCUGGAUGCAGUGUGUAAAUACGGAUGGAAAACUGACCACCACCGAUUGUUUUGGGAUACACCUGGCUGUGAUGGUGAUUCUGUCAGAAGAUCCCACAAGUAGAUGGCACAUGUUGUUCGUUAUCUGUUUUUAUUUUUGUUUUUUUUCUCUUCGCUUUGGCUGUUGCUUCUGUGUCUUUUGUUCCUCUGCUAUAAGGGCACAUGCAAUGUCAUCAGCACUGAGAAGUGCUAAGGUGCCUGUGGAAAUUUAUUUGGUCAUUUUUGGACAACCCCUCCUCACCCCCUCCCGUUUGGACAGAGGGCAGCCCGGGGCAAUCAGUGACUCCCCAUCUAGUGCACGGAUUCCCACUGAUCCAGGUGGAUGGAUUUCACCAGAAAAGCCCCCCUCACUUUCAGGGGACAGUCACACUUGAGGGUUCUCUGUAAGUGCUUUUACAUUCAUUUUUUGGGGCCGCCGCCCUGCGCACGUCGCCGCCCCCUAGUGUGUGUAAGUGGCACUGAGAAGUCAUGACGUCAACCUGCUUGCCUUUGUUACUGUAUUGCUGGAGCCUCGUCAUCUUAAUGUCUCAUGACUCCUCCUUGUUUCCCAGUGUCUUCCUAUGUACUACCCACCCAUCCAUCCAGUAUGUCAGUAACAUGGCUUUUAAAUCUCUGUUUUUCUCAUUUAUUUAUUUUUUAAAGAGUUCAAAUUAUAUGGCUGUGUUUGAACCAUUAUGUCACAAACCCGUGUCUGUGUGCGUGCAUUGGUCUCUGUUCCUGCACACGGAUCCUCGGGCACAUGGGAAAAUCUUUCAGAAAAGGUCAAAAUUCCCCUCUGGCUUCUUCUUCUUCUUUUGAUUAAAACGAGAGGUGAGUCGGGGAGUCACCUAAGCACUGGGAGUCCCUCCCCCUUUGAGACAUAAUAUCAUCUACAUUGUGGCUGUACUUUUAUAAAAAUGUAUUUCAGCUCCUUCCUCUUUUUAUUUGGCUGAUAAAUUUCAAUUUGCAUACAUAAAACAUGCAAGCCUUAUUUCUUGAAGUGUUUAUACAGCAUUUUAAGUUUUGAAACAUACUUCCGGUUCCAAAAGUUUGGAAUUGAACUGGUCAUGUUCAGCACUGGAUUGUGGAAGUUGGACCUUUGAGUCAAACUGUCCACCCAUUGGUCGCGAAGGUCAACCCCAAAUUAACAUUCACCCAGCAAAUUCUCAGAGUAGCUGAAUUACAAAAAAUGUAUAAAUAUAUCCCGCAAUGAUGAGAUUUGUAUAAAAAGAUUGUUUAUAAAACUAAAAGAGAUUAUUGAAUAAUGUAAACCAAAAAAUGUAUUCAGUCUGUUGGUGUUUUUCUGUUCAUAUACUUGUAUGAAUAUUCUAGGGUAAUAUGAGCAAAAUCAAUUAUUUUCAGUGGAAUAUUACUGUAUAUAUACUAAGCAGAGGAUAUCUGAUUUCUGCUUUGGUCUUAAGCGUAAAAGAGUUUAAAUCAGCCCAUUGUCACAAACAUGCUUGUUUGCAAUUUUAAAGUCAUGGUUCUGUGGCAGGCACUGAUGAAUUUAAUGAUUUUUUUUUUGAGAAUCUGACAAGCUGGCACUGUUGGUUGGGUGAAACUUUAUGUAUUUUGGGGGGGUUUCAAGAAUUCGACACCGAGCAAAAUACACACAAGAUAUUCAUACAUAUGGUUGCUUUAUGAUUAUACUUGGAAGCCCUGAAUUAUCAUAAUUAAUGCGAGCCAUGUCAGUGCCAUGUUAAAUGUCAGUUCUAAGUUGGCAUGGGCAAUUAAGUGACCUCAUAAAGCAUUAUGAACAUGCCAUAAUGUGUUAUGAACAAAGUCGUCGUGCAUGUGCUUGAAUGCUACUGAAACUCCAUGUUAAAUGGGUCCCUUCUGGAUCAGUUCAUUGUCAUGGCAUUUACCCGAAACACCGGGGACCAAAUUUGUAAUUAUAAACCCUUCGUCAUGAGAACAUCGUCCUAGUCAGGUCUGUGACUCCCCAUGGAAAUGAAUAACAUACAGUAAUUACAGUGGCUUGUUUAUUUAUUACUUCUUUUACAUUUCUGUGACGCUGACUGGUCAUAAACAUUUCUAGGAUGCCUGUCGAUGGGUCAUCAUCGUUGCAAUGGCAAGAACUGUGCAAUGUUUCCAUAGAUUCCUACUACUUGACCAAGGGUUUAUGAGAUCAGAGAAGGCAAAUUUAUUGUGUCAACCUGAAAUAGACUGCAGCAUUAAUUCAAGAAAUCAAGUCUUUUAUUAAUAUACUUAGAGUACUUUGAAUUUCCUAUGUUAUCUUUAAAGGCUAAUGCUAAAUAGGACAAUUUAGGUUUUCUUUGGGGGGGAUUCUUGUCCCUUGCACAAACAGUUUUACUUUCAUCAGUUACCCCAAUGCCAUAAUAACACAAAGUGACAAAGUGAUAAUGACCAACUAGAACAGUGAUCUUCUCUAAAACGCCACCCAGACAGGAACCUUGUCAGUCAGUAUCAUAGCCCAUUUAUAAAUAUGUCUGCAUUCUGUGAAAAAGGAGACAUUUCCUCCUGGUUUUUCAUCAUAUUGGAGAAAACCGAGUUGCACACAAUGUUCCUGCUAUUAUGAGGCUCCCUGGCUCCAGUCUUGCCCACUGUAAUGAUAUAUUGAUGUUGUAUAUAAACCUACAGUGUUUGCUGGUUCGGGGUAUAAUGUGCCCCAUAAUGCCUUUGAACAGCAUUGACCUGAGCUGUGAUGUAAAAGAUGAUGUUAUGGUCAAAAGGAUUAUGGGAAAUGUAGUACGCUGUACGUGUGAUGAAAUCUUCAUGAAGAAAACAAAAAGAUAACUAUGUACUUGGUGCAGCGGUGCGCAUUCAGCGAAUGUUUUUUGUUUUUAUAUUUUUGGAAUAUAGACAAACAUUGCUGACUUCAUUUUGUUUUGUAGUUAAAACUGAACAUAAACCAUUGUAUCACAAGGCGAAGUACUCUGGAGAAACACAUGAAGCUGUCGUUUUCCUGUCACGUCUUUACAGGUUGAUCUUCUUCUCGUAAGCAAAGACCACCCAGAGAGACUCUUAAAAAUCACAAUGUAAUUCUUAAGCAAAACCUUGCUGUUUUCUUCUAAAACAUCCAUGUGUAAGUGAAGAAUUACAUUUCUACUAAAAACUGCUUUUCCACACAUUUCUUUUGACACUGACCCAGAUGCAUCCUUUAUGUACGUCACAACCAUAGCUUGCAUGUCCACUUUUGUUCAUCUCCACUCUUUUAUUUUCAUUUUAAACCUUUUCAGAAAAAAGUCUGUCAGCACUAUGGUUUUGCAAGAGUGUGGCUGUAAAUAAGAAUUGUUUAACUGAGAGUCUCAACGCACACAAUCUAUAAUUUCUGAUUCUUUUCCGGAAUAUUUAUUUGUGAGGUGGUUUCGCCUCCGUGCCGGUCCCCUGUAAAUGAGCCUUUGCUUUCUGAACGCCACUCUGCAGAGAGUCCUGAUGUUUUGAUACUCGCUGUGUUUCUGCCCAGAGAGAAGGUACCGUGGACCCCACUGUGCGUGUAGAGUAGCUGUCCGCUGUAAUUCUGAGCUGUAAAUAAAAGUGUCCUGAUAAACAUGCUUGUAA